AUGACUUGUAGUCCACGCUCCCGCGGUUCUGCCCCAUCUUUUUUCUUUCCCGUUUUUCAACGCUACCUACCCCAUUCCGCUCCGCAGCAACGCAGGUUCCCCUUUUCCACGGUUUCCACUUUAGAGUACGACCGACUCGCUGCCCGCGGGGAUUCCAUCAAAUCCGCGGUGGAUCAUUUCAUCUCGCAUCUCGACAAUUCCCGCGGAAUCACCCGGGAGGGAAACUUCUCCGCGGCUUUUCCCGGUUCCGCGGCGAUUCUGCCGCGCCAUUCGCUUGCCGCGGGGAUUCUUCGUCUGCGUUACUCGAAGAAACUCCUGCACCGAAUCGACGCGUCGAUUCCCGCGGAACCGAGCAUGACGAGUUCGCAGUGGCACGCGCUUUGUGUUCCGAGUGUGUUCCAGGCGAGUUCGUACACGUCGGAAUAUGUGAGGAGAUUGGAGGGGAGUUUCGCGGGGCACCGCGUGCUGGGUCUGGCGCUGCGGCUGGGCGCGAAGGCGGCGGAGUGGACGGACGACGGAAUGUUCUCGGCGGCGUGGCGCGCGACGCGGAGACACUUCCGCGCGCUGCACGAGCAGAUCGUGGCGCAGAGAGCGGACCGCGUGUUCGUGGCGACGGACUCGGAGCUGGCGGAGAAGAUUCUGGGGAAACGACUGGGGAAACGGAUGAUUGUGGUGACGCAGCUGCGGAGUUCCCGCGGGGAGCAUUCGGAGGAGGCGGUGCUGAGGAGAGUGGUGGAGCUGGAGAUGCUGGGGAGAUGCGUGGCGCUGCUGGUGACGCCGCAUGACGAGUUUGGAAGAGUGGCGAUCGCGAUGAGCGGAGGCAAGGUGCCGGUGAGUUUGCUGGCUGUGUGAGGCGUUUGAUGGGCG